AUGGACGAAACACCAAGAUCUACCAAUCCCAACGAUCAUAUGGCUACGUUGCAGCCACUACUGGAAGCCGAACCGCCUUCAUCAGCAUCUUCUAAUGUUGCACCAACUGAGAAGCUCGAUACGACAUCGGAGAAAGAAAGCAAAUAUCAUCCACAAAGCUCAUCAUUGGGAAUGGGCCAGCCAAAUGCUGGUCUCAUGUCUGGGCUUGGGAGAUCCAGCGAUAUCCCAUCAACGAUAGAUAACGUCGCACUCAGCCUGACGAAGUGGAUACGAGAUCGAGAGCUGGAGACAAGUCCAAUGAGAGGGAAGGCCACACGUAUGGUUAUCAUUACACAUGUUCGAUGGAAUUACUUAGGGUUUCCUGGUGCAAGUCUGUUAACAGGAAUAGUGUCUGUGAUUCUGUGUAUGUGGGAGACGCAGAAGCUAAAGAAUCCAGCACUAAAGGAUAGUAUAUUGGCGGCUUUGGCAGGUGCGCCAGAUGAAGACUUGCGGUUGCGCCUGAAACAGGCUGCUGUGAAUGGUAAACUACAAGAGAUUGGGAGAAAGGGGAAGAUUCGCUGGGAGGAAAACGACGAAUUUACCCAGUUGAAAGAAAAGAGGGAUGAUCAGCCGAGCGUUUGA